AUGGGGAAAGAUUAUUAUAAAAUAUUAGGACUGACGAAAGGAGCGUCCGACGAUGAGCUAAAAAAGGCGUACCGUAAACUGGCCCUCAAAUACCAUCCGGACAAGAAUAAGACGCCUGGAGCGGAAGAACGGUUCAAGGAAGUAGCAGAAGCAUAUGAAGUGUUGUCAGACAAGAAAAAGAGAGAGAUUUACGACUCGUAUGGUGAAGAAGGUCUGAAGGGUGGUGCUGGGAGUAAAAACGGCUCUGGCGUUGGACAAUCUUUCUCAUACACUUUCCACGGCGAUCCAAAAGCAACAUUUGCGCAGUUUUUUGGUUCUGCUAGUCCUUUCCAAAGUUUCUUCGAUCUUAAUGGCGGCGGUGGUGGCAACACCAUGUUCUUCGAUCGCGACAUGGAAGUUGACAUGGAUCCAUUUGCCAACCUAGGAAUGGGAGGAGCGGGAAGGCAAGGUGGACCCGGCGGCGCUUUUAGGAGUCACAGUUUCAACUUCCACGGUGGCUCACCUAAUAGGAAGGAAAAGUCACAAGAUCCACCAAUUGAACACGAUCUCUACGUUUCUCUUGAGGAUAUUGCUAGGGGCUGUGUAAAAAAGAUGAAGAUUUCACGACGAGUCAUUCAACCCGAUGGGACUUCGAAGAAGGAAGACAAAGUACUAACAAUUCAUGUAAAGCCGGGUUGGAAAGCUGGUACAAAGAUAACAUUCCAAAAGGAAGGAGACCAGGGCAGAAAUAAGAUUCCUGCAGACAUUGUGUUCAUUAUUAGGGAUAAACCAAACCCCCUCUUUAAGCGAGAAGGCAGUGAUAUCAGAUACACAGCUAAAAUAUCACUCAAACAGGCUCUUUGUGGAACUAUCAUUGAAGUGCCAACUAUGUCUGGUGAAAAACUUACUGUCAACCUUCAAGGAGAAAUCGUAAAACCCUACACUGUUAAACGAUUCCCUGGAUAUGGCUUGCCUUUCCCUAAAGAGCCAACACGAAAAGGAGAUCUUCUAGUAGCCUUUGACAUAAAAUUCCCUGACAGACUAACUCCAGCUGUUAGAGAAAUACUUUCUGACACAUUGCCUAAUUAA